AAGCAGAGGAGAUACUUCGACACGACAACAAAAAAAGGAGCUGCCAUUAGGAGGUACCUAUUAAGAGGUAGACUCAGGGCUCGAUGAUGAUGAUGAUAGAUGAUGCACAGCCAACACGAAGGAUGGAAGCAGAGGCUGUGGAGGCGAAGUCAAGAUCCUUUCGGAAAAGUCGGAUACCUGUCGGAGUCAAUGUGUGCCUCAGGCCUGUAGUGAGGCAUGCGGGCGGCGGCACUCCCGAGAUAUGUUUCGACAUUCGAAGUCGCCGACAUCUUUCUUUCCCGCCAGUUCAGUUCGUUGUCAUUCAUUUCUUCCGCCAUGGCGCAUCGCAUUGUGACGCAGGUGCUUGUCACUGGCGCGCGAGUCUUUGGGCGAGCGUUUGGAGAGGCAUAUAAGCAGGCUUCGGCGUCGCAAAAGUACCAGCAAGCCAUGCAAGGCAACCCCACGGCAUCGAACACACUAUCCUCCGCCGGCCUCACCCUCGACGAAGCAUGCCGCAUACUGAACGUGCCACCUCCGAAGCAGGGGCAGGCGGAUUUGACCAAAGUCCACGAUAAUUUCAAGCGACUCUUCGACAUCAAUGAUCCUAAAAAGGGCGGUUCAUUCUAUCUGCAAAGCAAAAUCCUACGAGCAAGAGAGCGGUUAGAGCUGGAGGUACGUGAAGCGCAAGAGGCGGCAGAGCGUGAAGAGGAGCUGCGACGAGGUUGGCAACCGAGGAUAUAUCGAGACUAGAGGGGUACGUACGUUGAUCAGCGCUGACGGAUGUGGUUACAGUCGCAGAGGCUGAGAGCGCAAAGUGCAGACACGCCACCGCCGUCAGAGCCACCGAGUAGCUGAGCUGUGAAGAGAUACCCACGAUAGAUAUGGAUUGAUGGCAUAGCGAGGCGUUCUGGGAUAUUUUGGCAUUUGCAUUCGCGGAAGAGAACAGCAUGGCGAGAGAGGGUAGUGGAAAGGGAAGGAAAAGAAAGGGGAAGGAAAGACUGGGUGGAACCAUACUUCUCCGCUCAUACGGUGGUCUUGCUGCGGCGGCAACGUGACUACGAUGCCUUCGCCAGAUCAUUGCAAAUGCUCAGACCUCCAUUGGCUAAUGAGAGUGCCGUGUAUUAUACCAUCGGAAUGUACAAAGUUGCAACCACAUGACAGAAACACCGGAGCUCAGCGAUCAGAUGGCGAAUGUGUGCAGGUAUUUGAGGUGAAGUUGAGGAAAGAAUGGCGGAAAGGAGGGUCCAAUCCUGUCCAACAGUGCAAGGCGCGAUAUUGCAAACGAGAUGCCACGACAACAACCACCCGACACUAUCACUGACACUGAGCCUGGCACUGACCCUUCCAGCAAUCAGAUCUUGCUCCUAUCGAUGUUUGGCGACUUCAAAGACGGCUGCUGCGACCAGAGCUCUGCUUCUGAUGAAUCGGAUACAUUCUCACCACACCUCGAUGAUAUCUUACCUAUCUGGUUGGCCGCGAUCAUGGAAUAGAUCAUCACAGCCACUCUGGAAACACCCUCAACUGGGGCACGUACUGCCGACUAUCAAUAUGCUGCAGGCUGAAAAGAGGGAAACACCCAAAACCGAGGUGUUACACAUCUAUUUGUUAUGAGUCUUACGAUUGAUACCAUCCAAUUAGCAACCCGACCCAUUCGCUUGGCGGCGUGUAGUUGGCAAGUUCGGCAUGGACCUCUCGACCAGAUGCACAUUUCAUAUCACAAGACAUGUUCAGAG